AUGAGACCGGUUUGCAUGCUGCGGGGGCAGGACAUUCUCCUUCCCCAGCUGUGCAGACUGUUCCCAGCCUCCGUGACCCUCAAGUACAUUCCACUGUCCUGGAGAGUGUCCACAGUAGUGUUUAUACCGAAGCAGGGGAGGGUUAGCUUGGAUCGACCCAAGUCUUUCAGGCCGAUAUUUCUGUCCUCGUUUCUUCCCAAAACUAUGGAGAAGAUGGUUGCUAGGUUUGUUUAUGAGGGAUCUCUUUUGGAGCAACCUCUACAUCCAAAUCAGCAUGCCUUCACUACAGGAAGGUCUUGGUAUGCAGGAUUGAGAAGACGCUGGCAGGAAAAGAGGUAG